AUGCACAGCAAGUUGAAGACUUUGGCAAGGGCUGGCAGGGAUGGUCUGCAAAAGGCUUACAACCAGUGCAGGACUCAUGAAGAGAAGAGGGCUUUCUUUUAUGACAAGUACUUGCUUGACCCAGAGGUCUCUGAGAAGACUGUCCUGAAAAAGGACACACAGGAGAGUGUUGUCACUGAGGACAACAUCGAUGAUUGGUUCACUGCUGAGCAGGUGGCCAAGUUCAAAGGCAUCGAACCCGGAGUUGAAAAUUUCAAGGAGCUUGUGAGAGCCUCAGUGAAGGAUUUGCCAGAGAGAGACUAUGAAGAUGAAAACCUGGCUGCUUUGGGUCUCAAGCAGUACCACUACCAGACCACCAAAACAAAGACCCAAACCCUCAAGAGAAAGGGUCUGGAACUCCAGGAGCAGGUUGGUGAAGUCAGCACAGAGGACUUCACAGACAUGCGAGCUGCAAUGAAUCCCAGCACAGGGCAAAGGAUGAUUGGCAGCUCCAGCUCUAAGCAGCAGAAGCAAAUAGGGGACAGGGAGUCUAGCCUGCAAAAGGCUACUGAACUGAAUCUCGAAGUGAAUUGGACGCAGGCCUACAAAGACAACCAGAAGAAGUGCAAAAGCAGUCUUGGCAGCAUGGCAGCUGAGUUGCACAACUGCGACACCUUGCUGGGGAAAAUAGCUGCUUUGCCUGACGCCAGUGAGAUGAAACCUUUCCUGCAGAAGCAGGUCCAAGCCCAGAAGCAGUGCUUGGAGGAUGAGGCUGAAGCGGAAGAGAAGCAGGAUGGCUUGUCUGCCCUGGCUAACAACAUGGCUACCUUCCUCAAAGCCUGGAAGAAGGAGCUCUCUGCACACAAGAAUUUCUUGGAGCAGGAGGCUUGA